AUGACUGCAGAGAUUAACCGCAGGGUUAACGAAGCAGUCAACGCAAGCAUACGUCCUCUUCAGGACCAGAUGACGCAGCUCUUGACAGCUCUGAACGGGCUUAUGUCAACAGAUAGAGCGACCCCUACGCUGCUUACGAGCAGCAUACCCACACCGUCCACUGCUGAUACAACUAUACAGGCAAUAAGCGACGGAACUGCAGGAUAUGAAGUUCGAGCGAUCAGCUUAGCAGAUAUACAGAAGGCUCUUACGAGGAAGACUGAGAAGGCAGACCUAAAGGCCCUCCUUCCACCAGCUGUACUAGCUGAGUUCCAAGAGCUAUUCCAACCUGACGAAGCUGCUAACCUUCCUCCGCAUCGCCCUGGAGUCGACCACACGAUCCCUAUCAAACAGGAGAGCGACGGCAACGAGGCUGCACUACCAUGGGGGCCGCUCUACAGCAUGUCAUGA